UUGAUAUUGAAGCAAAUUUAUUGGCUUUUGAAUAGGAUUUUGAAUUGAAAAUCAAAAUGAAAAUAGCAAUAUUUUUAGGGCUAAUAGCUCUAUUUGCAAAUGCUAAUGCGGGACAGGAUACUCUAGUGCUAGUCGAUAAUUUAAACGUACGGGAAACUCACUCUCAAUUUUUCAAAUCUCUGCAAGAGCGUGGCUACAAUCUCAACUUCAAGUUAGCUGACGACCCAAAUUUAGUGCUUUCAAAAUACGGCGAAUACUUGUACAAAAACUUGAUUGUAUUCGCACCAUCGGUAGUGGAGUUUGGUGGAAACGUCGAUACUGAAGCUAUCACUAAGUUUAUUGAUGAUGGUGGUAACGUACUUAUCGCUGGAAACUCUGUUUCCGGGGAUGUUUACAGAGAAAUAGCUUCUGAAUGCGGUUUUGAGAUGGAUGAAGAAUCUGCUGCAGUCAUUGAUCACUUCAACUAUGAUCAGUUGGAUGAGGGAGAUCACACUAGGAUUGUUGUUUCACCCAAGAACUUGAUCAGUGCGCCCACCAUUGUGGGAGUAGAUAACACCAAGCCACUGCUGUUUGAGGGCACAGGCCUGAUACUGGAUAAGGACAACAGCCUAGUGCUGCCCAUCUUGUCUGCUGACAGCACAGCUUACAGCUACAACCCUAAGAGCCAGGUGAAGGAGUAUCCUCAUGCAGUGGGUAGGAAAACUGUUUUGAUUGCUGCUCUCCAAGCUAGGAAUAAUGCGCGCAUUAUCUUCAGUGGAUCCCUAUUCUUCUUCUCUGAUGAAGCCUUCAAUUCUCCAGUAGCAAAAGUGCAUGGUGACAAGACCAAAUCCCCAACAUCGGGCAACAGAUUGCUCGCGACACACCUGAGCCAGUGGGCGUUCGGCGAGCGCGGUCAGCUGCGCGUGCGCCGCGUGCACCACCACCGCCAGGGCGAGAAAGAGUCGUCCAACACAUACACCAUCACUGACACUGUGGUCUACAGAAUUGAGAUUGAGGAGUUGAAGAAUGGUAAAUGGCAGCCAUUUGAAGCCAAUGAUGUCCAAGUGGAGUUUGUACGCAUUGACCCCUUCAUCCGGGCGAAUCUGGAGAAGAAGCCCAAUGGUGUCUACGAAGCAGUGUUCAAGGUCCCAGAUGUAUGGGGAGUCUACCAGUUCAAAGUUGAUUAUGACAGAGUUGGAUUCACCAGACUUUAUCAUUCCACUCAAGUAUCAGUGCGUCCCCUGCAGCACACUCAGUACGAGAGAUUCAUCCCCAGCGCCUACCCCUACUACGUGAGCGCUUUCUCCAUGAUGAUUGGAGUGUUCCUGUUCUCUUUUGUAUUCCUAUAUCACAAAGAUGAUGCUCCUAAGUCUAAGAGUCGUGGUGUGCCAGCCAAAAUGGAUGCGUCGCGGCGGCAACGCACACACACCAAGGCUACUGCGGAGGAGCAGGCCCUGGACCAGAUUGCCAGAGAGGCGGAGCAGCGUCUGGCGGCGCGGCGCGCGGCGCGGGCGGAGGCCCGCGAGAUCCGCAUGCGGGAGCUGGAGCGACAGCAGCGCGAGCAGGAGGACCACGCCGACAAGGCCUACGACAUGUACGCAGAGACAGUAGGCAGACGGGCGGGCGGACGGCUCGCGGCGCUCAGCCCCGCCGCGCACUCCCCGCGCCGCGCCUCGGAGGACUCUGACGAUGUGCUCGGCGUCAAGGACCUCCGACACGAGCUGAAGGAGGUGGAGGAGAAGUUCCGCAAGGCGAUGAUCCUCACCGCGCAGCUGGACAACGACAAGGCGGCGCUCGGCUACCGGCUCGAGCUGCUGGCCGACCGUCUGGAGGAGCUGCACGAGGAGCACGCGCAGCUGCAGCGCGAGCACCGCGACCGCUGCUCCGCGCACGAGCGCCUGCGCCGCGAGCACGAGGCGCUGGAGCGGGAGCUGGCGCGCGCGCGGGACGCCGUGCGGGCGCGUGACUCCGCCGCCGCCGCCGCCGGGUUCGCCUUCGUGGACGCCGCCGCCGCGCCCGAUGCGCCCGCGUCCGGCGAGUCGCACGGCUCCGUGCCGCCGCUCGCGCUCGUCUCGCACGCCUCCGAGCGCCUGCUCGACGACGCCGGCGAGGGCACGCUAGAUGUCCGAUUACAAAACUUGGUAAGCUCGAAGCAGGCGCUGGAGGGCGAGGUGCGGAAACUGAAGCUGCAGUUGAACGACGAGCGCGCGGCGCGGCAGAACGGCGCCGCCUCACAUCACGACCGCGAGCAUGAGAGCGAGCUGGAGACACUCCGCAAGGCGGUAUCUGAGGCGAAGGGUCGGGCGGCGCGCGCGGAGGCGGAGGCGGCGCUGCAGGCGGCGGCGGUGGCGCGACUCGAGGCGCAGGUGGGCCGCCUGCGCGCGCAACACGUGCAGCAGGACGAGAACGAGGAGCAACUCAAACAGGAGCGACGACGGCUGCAGAGAGAGGCUCGGGAGGCGUUGAACCGCGUGGAGGAACUGGAGACGGAGAACAAACACCUCACCAAGCGGCUCGACAAGCUCAAAAACGCCAAGUCCGCGCUGCUCAAGGACCUGUGACCGUGCUGAGUGCUCGCGAGAGACGCGAUGCUGCUGUCUCGCUCGCCGACCCGAAAGAGGCGCCAGACGCCGCUUCGUCCGCCGCCCCGAAAGAGACGACACGUAGCACCCGUCCCUUUCUAACGCGCGCGUGCGCCCUGCGUUAUCAAUGUAACUUGAAAUUAUUUGCGGUAUCUCGAUGUAUGUUUAUGUAUUGACUUGAUGGACUUGUAUGAAUUUUGUAUGUGAAUUAUUCUUUGAACUAAUUUCUGUAACGGAUUUGCGACCGAUGCAUUUAAAUGUCGCAAUCUAAGGCUGUCGACGACGAAUAUCAAAGCCAAUUUUAUUAACAGCUUUUUCAUUUUUAUAUCCAGAAAAGAGGGGGUUAUAUUAAAUUUUACAAUUACCCGAACUUCGUAGGCCUUUCAGAGGCCCUAAUAAUAACGGAGGUUUGCUGGCAAUAUAUGUAUGUAUUUUUGAUGAUUUAAUUGUUUGGAAACUCCACUCGGAGGCGUAAAUGUAUAAAGAAAGUAUACGAAUUAUGUUGUUUUACGCUGGAUGUAAAAAUUUUGAUACAUUUACAAAUGUGAUUAAUUUUAUUAAUGUAUUUUAAGACUUUGUAUAAUAUUAACCUAUGUUCCACCGAAUUCACUUUCUACAAAUAAUUGCAUUUUAUAUUUUGAGGAAUGUGUUUUAUAUUAUUUUUAGUAUUUCAUGGUCGAGUACAAACUAUGAGAUACUGCUCCACAUUGUUUUUCAAUUAAUAAAGCGUUAACUUGAAUAUUAACAUCACCGCUGUCCAUUAACUGACAUACUCGGACUUCUAGAGCUCUGCACUGCGAGCCAUAAUAUAAGGCCGGGCGUGGGUUCGAAGCUUCGUACAUAAAUGUAGAUAUUAUUUUAAUACUUUAACGAUUAUUUUAAUGGUUUAAAUAAUUUAUUUGGUUGUUCAUAUUGUAUUAUUGUAAAGUUAUUGUAUAGACUCAUCACGACUUGCCGACAGCUUCGCACUAAUCGUUCACUUGCCGCGUUGUAUAUAUAAUUUUCCGCUCUUGUAUUUAUAUUUGGCUUAAUUUUAUUAUGUGAUGUCGAUUAGAUUAUAUUGGAAAUUUUAAAUGUAUGUAAGCAAUCGUAUCAGUUAAACGUUUAGCAGUAAAGGAAUGACUUUAACGAACACUCGACAUUUGAUAUUUAAAAGGAAUUGGUUUUUUUGUCAAUACUUACUGCAAUAAGUGUAUAUUCGUCCUUAAACUUUUUUGCGCUGCUUAUCUUUAAUAAGUUACUCCAAGUUCUGACUGUACUUGCAUUAAUUUAAAUUGUAACUAGAUUAGAAAUUAGUUGCUCAAGCUGUUACUUAUAUAUUAUUGUCUAUGUUUAUUUUCUUUUGGAAUUUCGAGGCUGCGAGCUAGUGAUGCGACUAAUGACUUUAAUGUAUUUUUGCUAAACAUGUUGAUUUUGUAGAAGUCUGAAAUUUUCCGGAGAAAAAUUCGUCCUGGUCAUGUAUUAGGGGUUGUAAAUAAUAAUUAUUUGAUAUGUAUGUAUGUAACUAGAAAAAACAUUGACAUCAAGCAUUUAUAAAAUUGCCAUUGUACUCGUAACUCCUAAGUAGUUAUUGCAUUUACUUCAAAGGAAAUAUGAUCAAGUUACAUGUUUGAAUCUAUAUUUUGGUCAUACAAUGUCAUUGCACCCACACAGUGGCAAUUUGCUUGGUGUUUUAGAACAUUAAAGGCUGAAGUGUGUAGCCACUAGUACAUGUAUAAUAUAUUAUUAUCAGUUUAUGAGUAAUGUUAUUGCCAUUUUGAUUUUAUAAAUGUACAUUUCUCUAAGAAGUUACCACUGUGUCUUACAAAUAGUUUUGAGAUCGCUAAUAGAAAUUAUUUUUAUGGGGAGGAGUCUCUAACAAUGAACAUCUUACUGAGCCUCCAUUCAUUGUAAAAAUGGCGGUGGAGGUCCAAAAUUGUUUUGAGGCUCUUUUCUAGUCACGGAUUUGUUCAUCCAUCAUAUGUUACAGUUGUUAAUAGCUGUCAUUAUGUUAUGUUUCCAUGCUCAUGCGCACUAUAGCUUAUACGUUCGGGCGAGGCACAUCACACGAUGCAAAUUGCAAUAUAUUUGAUAUUUAUUUAUGCCAAGCCAAAAGUAACAAGUAACUUGAAAAUAAAGCUGUGACGUCACAAGCUAUGUACACAAGAUUACUGUGACGUGCAUUCGAGCGACCUAAUGAUACUAGCAACCAAGUUAACUUAGGUACCCGAGUAUACUUUGAUCGUCUUAAUACAUACUUCUAUUCAUGUUGUGCAACGUCCGAGCGUAUUACAUUCGUCGUGCUGGGCUUAGACUUCGACGAUAGUUGUUAGCGCGACGUACGUUCGCUAGAGUCGGUAACGUUCGACAGUAGUUACAGCCUCUUAAUGUUGUAGAUAGAUAAAUGUUUUGUACUACAGACGGGGAACGACAUAUGAGUAUGAUGCAUCAACCGCAAUCUGUUCACUCCAACCGGUACUAAAACAACUAAUAAAUAUUAUUGCCAUUUACAAAUAAAAUAGAACAACAGAA